CCCAAUCCUGCUCUCUCGCCCUUAAAAGCCCUACUAGAUCUCCGUGCAAUUCACAAUCGCCGGCGGCUGCAGCAGGUACGCCACCACAACCACCUUUCCGACGGCGACGUCAUAAAGUAACAAAUGCAGACAAUGAAGCAAUCAAAGGAUCCCUUUGAAGUUGCAUUCGAGGAGCAAGAAGAAUCACCACCUGAAUCACCUAUUGCCGCUGAUGAGAAUGAAACACAAACCCCAGCAGCAGCAGCAGCUAGUGGUCAAGGAGAUGACGUUGGUACAAGCGUUCCACCUUCAUUGCCUUCAACCACCACUGGUGCGGCGAUUUCAAUUGGAGCUGCUGGUCCAAUUGUCAAGUCCAAAGAAGAAGAUGAGGAGGAAGAUGAAGACAACAUGGAAAUUGAGCUUGGCAAGUUCCCUCCCAGUGGUGACCCUGAUAAAAUGGCCAAAAUGCAGACCAUCUUAUCACAGUUCACUGAUGGGCAAAUGAAUAGAUAUGAAUCAUUUCGAAGAUCAGGAUUUCAGAAAGCCAACAUGAAGCGGUUGCUAACGAGCAUCACUGGAAGUUCAAAAAUUUCUGUUCCUAUGACAAUUGUAGUAUCUGGUAUAGCAAAAAUGUUUGUUGGGGAGCUUGUUGAAACAGCCAGAAUAGUAAUGACAGAGAGAAAAGAGAGAGGGCCAAUUAGGCCUUGCCACAUCAGGGAAGCAUUUAGAAGACUGAAACUUGAAGGCAAGGUUCCAAGAAGAUCAGUACCCAGGCUUUUUCGCUAGACAAAUCUGGAAGCAAGAUUCCAUCAUGUAUGCAGAAGGGUCGCUAUAGCCUAUAAGCCCAAGCAUACCCGGAGAACUGAAAAAAAGAUGUAAUGAUAAGAUGGUUUAUGUGGAUACAAAGGAUUAUGCUUUCCUCCAAUGAAGAAGACUCUUGCUGCAGAGAUUUACUGGAGGAAUUGAGCGUGAGUUACCAUUAUCAGUCAUCCAUCCGGCAUUGCACGGCCAGAGAGUUAAGAUCUCGAAUUGCAAUUAUGUCCAAACUUUACAAGUUUAGAAUUUGGAUGGUGUAGUUCACCCGUCUUGGUGAGUUGUCUAUUAAAGGGUAGGCUAGUGAUUUGGGUGUUGUAUAUCUUGCAAAGGUACUCUUGCACGUAAGCUGAUUAAGCUCAAAACUCUUCCACUUGACUAUUGAAGGAUUGCCUAGUGAUUUCAUGGUUGUGUAGCUACAGAUCAUCAUCCACAUGAUUGAGAGUGUUAGUUUGGGAAUCAAUACUAUAUUCACGAUUAUGAUUUAUAAGCUCACCGAUUGGAGUGGGCAGUCAAUUUCUAA